AUGGAUACUCCCAGCAGUAGUCGUAAUAUUAACAAAAGGGGAAUCAAAAAUGAUGGACAAGUAAGUCGCGGAGCAAAACGUCGUUGCUUCAAAAAGGAUCAGCUAAAGGAAGAUACUGGAAAUGAAGACUCUGGCGAGGAAAAGUCAUUUAAGGGAUGGAAGGAAGACGAUGAUGCCCCCCUUCCCAAGUAUCUACGUGAUGAUGUGGUUCGAAUUUAUGAAGAUGUUAUGAGUCGAUAUAGAAAUAUGAUUGAUGCCGAAGGCCUUGUAUAAACUGUACCACAAAAUGCUGCGGGAAGAACCACGCAAGAAAUAUAUAGUAAGUUCAUUACCCACGCUCGUCGCAUUGUAAGCGAAAACGCUUACCAUUCGGAUGCCAUUCACUCAUGGUACUACGCACUUGCACCCAGACCCUUUUCUCCCUGUGAUGCAUCAUUCAUCCAUACAGUUCACGUGUCACCCAUUCCGGUAGCAAUCAACCGAGUCACCACCACCCACGCCCUACCCACCCCAAGAGCGCUGCUACCCACGUCAACUAAGCGAAUAGUGCAGCCCUACUGCCUGAUAAUAGCUAAUAAUAUCUCGAAAAUGUCGACAGUGGCAAAAAUGGGUGUUCGAGUGAGGAAAAAGCCUGUUAUCAAAAUUAUCCAUAAUCCGUUAUACAAAGCGAUUGUCAAAGCACAAAUGGCGACAGCUGCACCACCUCUGGGACCUAAUUUGGGCAAAAGGGGCGUUAAUGUGGCGAGUUUUUGCAAAGAUUUCAAUCGAGCGACGAGUAAUAUCAAACCUGGUACCCCAUUGCCGGUACGGCUCACAAUAAAACCAGAUCGUACAUAUGACAUGGAAAUUUGCACACCAACAUCUAUUUGGUUACUGAUGCAUGCAGCGGGGAUAAGACGUGGAUCUGUACGCCCACAUGAGGAAAUUUCCGGGAUGAUUACAGUAAAGCAUAUUUACGAGAUAGCCAAAAUAAAGGCUGUUGAUAAAUGUUUAGUUGGUGUCCCAUUAAAAAUGAUAUGUGAACAACUCAUUAAAACAGCUCGUACAAUUGGGCUUAAAAUUGUUCGUGAGGAUCUUGACCCAGUGGAAUACCGUAAAUUUUUGGAAGAACGGAAGUUAAUAGUCGACGAACAACUGAAAAGGAUAGAAGAAGAAAAAGCCGCUAAGAUACUCAGAAUGUCACCCAGUAGUUGA